GAACUAGAUUCACUUGCUGGCUUGGAGCCAAAGCCGGGAAGCACUCUCAAUUGUUGUUUCUUGGAAUUCGACGCGAUAAUAGUCUCUACUACUUGGAUAUGUGGAGAUAAAUAGGGAGCAUAUGAGGAAGCAAGACGUUCAGCGCCGGCAGAAAAGUUCUAGCUGCUGUGGCAGCCUCUCCACUUAAGUGCUCUUUGCCCAAGAUAAGGUGUUAUUCUGCGCUGAUAAUAUCAUAAAAAUGAAUAACUAUUAGUGCGGAUGUUGUAGGCGAGUGAAAUCUUAGUAGUUUUGGUAGCGGAGUCAGAUACGUAUUUAAUUUUGGGAGUAUUCCAUUUUGGAAGCAGACAACGUUAAUACUAUCUAAUUGCCUAAUUCAAGUAAGGUUCGCCUACAAAUUAUCGAUUUGUGUAUGUUGCAAUAGUGGAUAAGUGUGACUGGUGCUAUCCCAUUCAACAGGUGUUCGUCAGAUUAACGAUUUAAACAGAGCAGAAAAAUGUAUCCAUUCGGAUCAGGAGCGCCUCAUGCACCACCUAACAACUCUUCAUCAUCAAUGUAUCCACAAAAUGUGCCAUUCGGUGCAGGAUUUUACGCGCCACCACAAAACCAAUCGCCCUAUCCGCCUCAAGCACCCUACCCUGCUCAAAGUGCACCAUAUCCUACAUCGGGAGGAUCACCUUAUCCGCCACAGCAACAAAUGCCACCCUAUCCGACAGCAACAAGCAGCAGCAAUGUGAGCUACCCUGCCUUUGGUGCCGGCCUUCAGGCUCCUCGUCAGCAAUCUCAUAGCCCAAAGCCAAGCUAUCCUUUUGGUAGCCAAGCUCCUUACCCUGUUUCCAGUCCGCCUGGUCAACAUUGUCCCUAUCCGACAGGGAAUGCGCCCUAUCCUCCACAAGCACAAUCCUCAGCUCCUUAUCCUUGCAUGCAAGGAUCACCUUACCCAGCACAACCAUAUGGGGGCUGCAGUACACCCAACACGAACAUGGCAAAUUGUUUCUCUGAGAUGAAAAGUAGCAUGUAUGGCACGAAGUCCAGUCCACGAUCUAAGGGAACACCAACAGUAGUGCCUGCAGCAAGCUUCGAUCCCGUCAAAGAUGCCAACGAUCUUCGUAAAGCGAUGAAAGGUUUCGGAACAGACGAGGAUACCCUAAUCAACAUAAUCUGUCGCCGAAGCAAUGAGCAACGUCAAGAAAUCCAUCGUCAGUACAAAACGCACUUUGGGAAGGAUCUAAUCGAAGAUGUCAAAUCUGAGACGAGUGGGAAUUUUGAGAAACUUUUGGUUGCCUUGUUGCGUCCUAUUGUGGAGUUCUAUGUAGCGGAGUUGAAUGCAGCCAUGGCAGGCAUCGGAACUGAUGAGGAUGUACUUAUUGAAAUUCUAUGCACGCUAUCAAAUGCAGAAAUCCACACAAUCAAAAAUGCUUACUUAAGAUCAUAUGGAGCUCAUCUGGAGUCGGAAUUAAAGUCUGAGACUUCGGGAAAUUUCAAGAGAUUGCUGGUAUCUCUCUGCAAUGGAAACCGUGACGAAAGUGGUAGAACCGACGUGACAGCUGCUCAACAAGAUGCCAGGGAACUGCUCAAAGCUGGCGAAUUGCGUGUUGGAACCGAUGAGAGCACAUUUAAUAUGAUCCUUUGUCAAAGAAAUUAUCAGCAAUUGAGAUUGAUCUUUGCUGAAUAUGAAAAGAUGACUGGUCAUACCCUAGAGCACGCUAUCAGAAAUGAAUUUUCAGGCGACAUCAUGGAUGGACUGAUCGCCAUAUACAAAUGUGUUACCAACAAGUCAGAAUAUUUCGCGUCCCGUCUUCAUAAGAGUAUGGCAGGUAUCGGAACAAACGAUAACCAAUUGAUCCGUGUUAUUGUAUCGAGAUGUGAGAUUGACAUGCAUGACAUCAAGGUUGCAUUUGAAAGACUUUAUGGAAAGAGUCUUAGAAGUUGGAUUAAGGGUGACACUUCAGGACAUUACAAGCAUGCAUUAUAUGCCCUGAUCGGAGAACAGCGUUCCUCAUAAACGCCUUAGCAGGUCAUUGGCUGCAAAACUGUCAAUUCCUCCAGACAAUGCCUUGUUAGGAAGUUAUCUAAGUUUGUUGAUGCUUUCUUUGUACUAUACCUUUAAGUGAUUCAUUUGUAUUUUCUAUCGCACAUUUACUUUUGCAUUAGCAAUUUAGUGAGUAUUUUAUUAUGGAUUAAUGUAAAACUAUAAGAACUUCCUGUCAGAAUAAGUUGAUGCUUACAUACAAAUUUUAUACAGAAUAUUGUAAUCUGUUUUACCUCGAAUAUACAAAAACAAAUACCAGAAAAGAUUUCCGUAUGACAACAUAUAUUUUAUAAACUUAUAUAUUUAAAGUUAUACGUGUCGAAUAUUCUCUAAAUGUUAAAAUAUAUAUAAAACUAAACAGCA